GCCUAUAUAAGCUCCCUUGUCUAGGCCGAUCACAAGCCUUCUCUAGCUCUCGCCAUCUCCCCCUUCUCCCUCUCUCGCUCUCAAUUUUCCUGUAGGAACGAUCCGAGAGAGCCGCGCAAAUCUCCAAUCAUGUUGGUCUACCAGGAUCUCCUCACCGGUGAUGAGCUUCUCUGGGAUUCGUUUCCCUACAACGAAAUUCAGAAUGGAGUAUUGUGGGAAGUUGAGGGAAAGUGGGUUGUCAAGGGCGCGGUUGACUUUGACAUCGGUGCCAAUCCCUCAGCUGAGGGUGGCGAGGAUGAAGGUGUUGAUGAUCAAGUUGUCAAGGUGGUCGAUAUUGUCGACACAUUUAGACUCCAGGAGCAACCUGCCUUUGACAAGAAGCAAUUCGUCACCUACAUGAAGAGGUACAUCAAGUUGUUGACAGCCAAGCUGGAGGGGGAGAAACAAGAAGAAUUCAAGAGGAACAUUGAGGCGGCAACUAAGUACCUUCUUUCUAUGCUAAAGGACCUUCAAUUCUUCGUUGGGGAGAGCAUGCAUGAUGAUGGCAGUCUGGUAUUUGCUUACUACAAGGAAGGUGCCACUGAUCCGACAUUUUUGUACCUUGGUCACGGAUUGAAGGAAAUCAAGUGCUAAGAAACUGGGCUAUGCUGCCAGGUCAACCUAUGUUUUCUGUAGUUUUAGCUAUUUAUUGAAGGACAUGGUUUUGGAUGGUUUGUAUUGGAUGACUUGUGGGCUUCAAUAAGCCCUGGUGUUUUGAUUGAAUGUUACGCUCGUGCUGUGCUGCUU